CCCUCGGCCCGCAGCCCCGCCCCGCCCCGGGCUUGGCGGGCUGCGCCGGGCCAGGUCCUCGCGCGCUGGCGGCGGGAAUUGGCCGCCGCCCGUGGGGAGAGGCCGGGGCGCCUCCGCCCUGCGCCAGGUCCCCGCCCCGCGGCUGCUUUGUGCACCGGGACCGCCGGCACCAUGCACGCGCCGGGCGCCGCGGGCUCUGUUGACAUCGUGGACAUAUGUGAAUCGAUCCUGGAGAGGAAGCGGCACGACAGCGAAAGGUCGACCUGUAGCAUCUUGGAGCAGACAGACAUCGAAGCAGUGGAGGCUCUCGUGUGCAUGAGCUCCUGGGGACAGAGAUCCCGGAAAGCUGAUCUGUUAAGGAUAAGGCCCCUCACGCCUGUCUCUGACUCCGGGGAUGUCAGCAGCACCGUGCACGUGGACGCAGCCACACCCGAGCUACCAAAGGACUUCCAUUCUUUAUCGACCCUGUGCAUGACUCCUCCUCAGAGCCCCGAUCUUGUGGAACCUUCAACAGGAACACCUGUUGCUUCCCAGGUGCCUGAUUCCAAAGCACCCUUGGCCCCGGCCGUCCCACCACCCGCUGCCAUGGCCACCGAAGCGCUGAGCCGGGAGGCCGAGAUGUCCGGAGCCGUGCUGAUGAGUGUGAUCUGCCACACAGCGGGCCGUCCCCCUGUCCACAUUCCCGCAGCCCAGCCUCGCAGCGAGAGAGACGGCGAAGCACAGUUUCUGGGACGCUUUGAAGCUGUUCAGGACACCCCCCUUGCGGACAGUUUAUUCGGCACUAACUCGGUGUCCUGGCAGCCUCGCGUGCACGGCUCCGGUGGCCUCAUCCCUGCUGAGAAAGGCCAGCAGGCAGGGUGGCCCAUGGCAGUGCAGACCUGCUCACCAAAGAAUUAUGAAAACGACUUGCCAAGGAAAGCUGCUGCUCUGAUUUCUGUCCCUGUCCCGAGUCCCCCUCUCCUUUGCCAAAUGAUCCAUGUGACUGGACCAAGUGGCAUGGUAACAGCCUUUUUGAAGUCCCCUCCUCCAGCAGCUGCAGGGACGGUCAAACCCAUCUUACUCCAGGCAGCCCCCGUGCCCCAGCCUGUGCUCGUGGGCCCGUCUGUGCCUCAGGGAACAGUGAUGCUGGUUCUCCCACAGCCAGCCCUCCCGCAGCCUGCCACCUGCGCGCCCAGCGUCAUGGCCGUGGGGAGCACCAAGUUACUGCCCCUCGCCCCUGCUCCCGUCUUCAUCACCUCCAGCCAAAACUGCACCCCUCAGGUAGACUUUUCCCGAAGGAGGAACUAUGUUUGCAACUUCCCAGGCUGCCGGAAAACCUAUUUCAAAAGCUCACAUCUCAAGGCUCACCUGCGCACGCACACAGGGGAGAAGCCCUUCAGCUGCAGCUGGGACGGCUGUGAUAAGAAAUUUGCUCGUUCAGACGAACUCUCUCGACACCGCAGAACCCACACGGGGGAGAAGAAGUUCGUGUGCCCAGCGUGUGAGCGGCGCUUCAUGCGCAGCGACCACCUGACAAAGCACGCACGGCGCCACAUUGCCGCCAGGAAGCCCCCAGGCUGGCAGGCCGAGGCCGGCGCGCUGGACGGGGUCGCCGCGGUGGAGAGACCCGGGAGCCCGCGGGCAGUGCCGGCCUCCGCCUGAGAGCACAGCCCGGGCGUCCCCGCGGGGACCUGUGAGAAGCCUGUGCUCAGAAAUGGAAACAACACAGGAGAUAGCUGAUGGCUUCCUCUCCAAAUACUCGGGGGUUGAGGGUAAGCAGGGAGCUGGCUCUGAUGAAAGUGUGUUAGCUUUUCCUUUUGGUUGGGACCCUGCUCAAUAUCUUUUGUAAUUUCAGAAUUUUCUUUAAGGAAAUGGAAAGAAAAAUGGAUAAGCUAAGUCACCAGCAUCCAAACAAACAUAUUGGCAAUAAAGUUUACAAAAUCUGGGGUUUUGCAACCUUUCUAUUUGUGUUUUGUAGAAAUGAGACAGGGUACUAAUUUUUAUACCAUUUUCUAAAAAAUAUUUAUAUCGUUGGUGCUCAGAUCACCAAUUUCUAGAUAGAUUUUACAACCUGCUUUUCAGUGUUUAAUAACAAAGAUUAUUUAUAAUGACCCUACUUUAUUAGACUUGGUGCAGUUUCCAGCCAAAAAAUAAAUCACAGGUUUAUAAUCUGGCCUUUUAGAUCGAAGAAUAUUUUAGAAUCAGAACUGGUUAAAUAAGGGCCUCUUAAAGAAAAGGGAAAAGUAAGCUUUGAAGUUAGCUUCUUUGUACCAGUUUCAAGGGAAAUUCCAAGCAACCAUUCCUUCCAGGCUAUAGCCCAGGAAACUAAGGUUUUGAUUAAUUGGGAUCAGUCACCUGUGUUCAGGGGGUGACUUGUGAAGGAUUUACCCCAGAAGACAACCUAAAGUACUCAGUAGAUGCCUGGGAAGUAGGGGGCUGCUGUAGGAUUUGAGUGUCUGUGUUUAGCAUUUGUCUUUUGGUUUGUAUCUAAAACACCAAAAGGAUAAUACAAACAUUCUAGCAACCGGCUGCUUUGUAAAUUGUAAAUUAACUUCUUUUAAUGUGGCCUUAUCCAGGGUAUAUUGUGGGUAGAAUUUCUUAGAGUAAAAGGGAUUGUCCUUAUUGGUUGAAUGAACUUUUCACCAAAGUACAGCUCACCUGAAGUAAAGUGCAUGUGCAGAUUGUCCCGCCUCAGUGCUCUAAUUUCUUUAUUUAUUGAAUAUUAAAAGCUAUAGGAAAUGCAGGUUAGGCUAAAUGGCAGCAAUAGUACUCAGCUGCCCUCUCAUUCGUUUUGUUAAGAGGAGACUGUUUUGCCCAAACAGAAAAUUACUUGGAAUGGGGUAAGAGUGAGAAGUUUUUUGCAUUCUGUCUAGAAAAUAGAUGGUGGCACCAUGUUUAAGCUGUGUGAGUCCACGUCCCAGAUACAGAAGAGACUUUCCUCCUGCAUCCUGUAAGCCACCCAAGUUGUUUUUUUCUGGUAAACAUUGUUGGAAAUUUAGGCAACAGAAUAAAUAUAAGGAACAUAUGGAAUGUUGCACUACUUUGUGGGCCUGGAAAUUCUGCUUUAUUGUGCAGUGUGUAUUUAGAUUUUGUCUUUACCUUUUAGUUAUUGACAUUUAUCUUUAAAAUGAUGGUAAGGUGUGAAAUAUUGAAUAAUUAAAAUGUAAUUAAGUUUUUGUUCAGGUCUUUUUCAUCUUUGCUACAACCCCUCACCGGGUCAUUCAUCGUGUGCUCCUCGAUAGGUUGAGCUUUGUUAUCAAAUGCUAUUUGACGUCUGUAUGUAAGUGCUAUCUGUAUUUUUAUGAGAGUUUCACAUUUUUGGAUGCUUUGAUUAUUUUUACAUUUCCUGAGACACAAUUGCAAGAGAACCAUAAUUAAAUGUAUAUAAUAUCUCAUGGUUUUCUCUAUGAACCCAAUUCCUUUCUCCCGCUUAUAUAUUAAAUCAGCAUAAACAUUUUUGACGCUAUGCCAUAAAUGGUAUCAAAUUGGGAUUUUUUUUUUUAAUUAUGAUCUACAAAAUAAUUUUGGUCCUAUGCAUGCUCUGGUGGGUAAUACAGAGCCUUUGAGUAUUUGGUUGAUUCUCACAUUGAAUUUCAUUCUCAGAGCAGUGUUGGCUCUAAAGAAUAGAUGUUUUAAAAAUGGUUUUAAUUUGCACUUCCAUUUCCAUUUUCACAAAUAACUUAUAUAAACACCUUUUCUCUGUUCAUUGAAAGACUGUAACCGUGAAACCAUUCCCAUCUGGAAAAGCAGUCGCCCCGAGAACCAGACCCCUUGCUGCUGUCUGUGGCCCCCACACCCGUGUCCCUGGCCUUGGGGGCAGCCGACGAGGCAGGGUCCCCCGUGCACUUUAUAUUGCCUGAGCAAUUUUGCUUGAUCCUUUUUUGACUUGGAGCAUUUUAAGUAAUUUCAGUAAUAAAAUUUAAAGUGUUUCAUAAUUAUGUUCUAUGUAAAAGUCUUUGAUUUAUUUAAAUGAGUAUGUGUAAUGUAACUUCUUCCUUUGAAUCACAUAAAACCUUUGUUGAUUUGCAAGCUGUACUUGUGUCCCGU